AUGAAAAUCAAAACUAUUAAAAGAAGCUCUGACGAUUAUGUCCCAGUGAAGAGUACCCAAGAAUCACAACUUCCAAGAAAUUUAAAUCCUGAAUUACAUCCUUUUGAAAGAGCUCGUGAAUAUACAAAGGCUCUGAAUGCAACUAAGCUUGAAAGAAUGUUUGCACAACCUUUCGUUGGACAAUUUGGUCAUGGCCAUAGAGAUGGUGUCUACAUGAUUGCUAAAAACUAUAAUAACUUGAAUAAAUUGGCAACGGCGUCUGGUGAUGGUGUUGUGAAAUACUGGAAUAUGUCUACCCGUCAAGAAUAUGUUUCUUUCAAGGCUCAUUAUGGUUUAGUUACUGGUCUUUGUGUUACACCAGAAUCGCUAUCAAAGAAUCAAAAUGAAAAUUUUAUGUUGUCCUGUGGUGACGAUAAGACGAUAAAAUUAUGGUCUGUUAAUAAUGACGAUUUUUCUAAUAUCAGAUCAGAUGAUGAGAUAAAUACCAAAGGUCUGAUAAAAACAUUUGAUGGUGAACAUGCAUUCCAAGGUUUAGAUCAUCAUAGAUCAAAGCCAACAUUUGUCACAGGUGGUGCCAAAAUUCAAUUGUGGAAUUCAGAAAGAACUAAACCAUUGUCAAACUUGUCAUGGGGUGCAGACAAUGUUACAACUGUUAAAUUCAAUCAAAAUGAAACCGAUAUCCUUGCCAGUACAGGCAGUGAUAACUCUAUAGUAUUAUAUGAUUUGAGAACAAAUUCUCCUACCCAAAAGAUUGUACAAAAGAUGAGAACUAACGCUAUCUGUUGGAAUCCAAUGGAAGCCUUUAAUUUUGUUAUUGCCAAUGAAGAUCACAAUGCCUAUUAUUAUGAUAUGAGAAACAUGUCUCGUGCAUUAAACGUCUUCAAGGAUCAUGUUGCUGCAGUGAUGGAUGUCGAUUUCUCACCAACAGGUGAUGAAAUUGUAACAGGUUCCUACGAUAAAACUAUCAGAAUAUAUAAGACAAACCAAGGUCAUUCUAGGGAAAUAUACCAUACCAAGAGAAUGCAACAUGUUUUCCAAGUCAAAUAUUCUAUGGAUUCUAAAUAUAUAAUGAGUGGUUCGGACGAUGGUAAUGUAAGGAUGUGGAGAAGUAAAGCAUGGGAAAGAUCUAAUGUUAAAUCUACUAGAGAGAGAAAUAAAUUAGAAUAUGAUGAGAAGUUGAAGGAGAGAUUUAGACAUAUGCCAGAAAUUAGAAGAAUCAGUAAACAUAGACAUGUUCCAAUUGUUAUUAAGAAAGCACAAGAAAUUAAGAAUAUCGAAUUAAAUUCGAUAAAGAGAAGAGAAAUGAAUGAGAGACGUACAGCUAAGGAUAAACCUUUCAUUGCUCAAAGAAAACAACAAAUAGUUGGUACCGUAUUUAAGUAUGAUGACAAGAACAGCCGCAAACAGCGUGAUGAUGAGGAAGAUCAAGAUAGUGACUAA